CCAAAACCCUUUGAAUAUUACUAUUGAUCAUGACUCAAUCAUCACUUAACGUACUAUAAUUUGAACCAUGCAAAUAAUGACCCUCUGCCUCCACCAAUUUCUUGUUGAAAUAACACACAAAAAAUGGUAAGAAUCACCUUUCAACUCAAACCACACCAUGUUCCCAUUUAAAUAAAUGGUUCCCCAACCACAAUUAGUCCAUAUUCUUGAUUUCACCUUUUACAUCUUUCCAUGAUAUCUUCUCUGAUCCCGAGUUGCCUCUCCCUUGUCCCUUCUUCCAAUUUUCCAUCCUUUUGGCUUUCAAACUUGGUCCAAAACAAGAGAAGAUGGCCAAAAAAGAAAAAGUAAAACAUGAUGAAAUGAAUUAAUAAAAGAAAUAUCGAAAGAGUUUGCAUUGAAUAUUUCAAAUAAAACAAUAAAUUGUGUGUUUGAGGUUUGUUGGCAAGGGAAUGGGAAAAUUCCAUGGUAUCAGAAGCAGUGUUUGGUACUUUGGUUUGGUUUAGGCGUUUCACAGUAAUCAGUUGAUUAAAACAAAGUAUGGUGGGUCUGUGCAAAUUUUAAACUUAUGAGUUGGUUUUCGUUUGAGGGGACGUGUAAGAGAGUGAUAUAAGAUCCAACAUAACUUUCUCCCAACAACUCAAAUUAUUGGGAUCAACUGAUUUAUGACAAGACCAUCAAUAACGAUUCGGGAUUACAAAAUGGACUUGGGAAUCUCAAAACAGUUCGAUUUUGCCAUAGAUGAGCCGUAAAAAAGGAAACCUUUGAUUUUUGACAGUACGACACACAUGUCCUUUUGGUUGUAAUUAUCUUUUAAUUAUGCAAACGCCUUGUUGCAUUAUUUAUGCAAGUAAUUCAGGAAGCUCUUGCGAGAGUUAUAGCCGUCACAAAUAAUAUAUUAUCAUGUUAUUCAAGUUGUUGCAAGUUAGUAUCACGUUGCCGAAUCAAAAUGAUUAAGAAAAUUGCUAAUUGAAAAUUUACAUUUUGCCAAUUAUUAGUAAUUUACCAUAUUUGACUAAUAAUUGGUGUUUAAAAAAAUUUGAUGAAGGAAAAAAUGGAAAUAGAGGAGAAAAGGGUAACUUUGGUUUGGGGAGGAAUCCUGAUGAGAACUUGACAAUUACACUGACAGUUACUGCAAUAUUACGUGAUGAACAGGGGCAAAAAGGUGAAACGCAUAUAACCAAGUAACCAAGAAAGGAAAAAAAAGAAGCUCAAUGCACCAUAGAAAAGAAAAAGGAAAGUAGAUAGAGAGAGAGAGAGAGAGAGAGAGAGAGGAAUAAAAGCAAAGCAAAAUGGGGAAGAAGAGAGGGAAGGAGGUGGAAGAAGUUGUCUUGUCUACGAAGGCCAACUGGGCAGCUCAGCAGCCUAGUCAGCACCAAAAAGGAAAUGAAACUCAUUAAAUUAACCUCUCUUCUUCCUCCAUUCCCAAAACCCUCCAAUAGAGAGCGCUUCCCAACUACAUUUUCAUUUGUGCUCCAUUCUUCUCCUUCUUCACUCCAUUGCUUAUUCUUCUAAAUCAUUCCAUUACCGCUAGAUUGAAAGCCCAUCUGCUCCAGAAGGUAAUCGACGCUCUUUCCCUUUAUCAAAUCAUCAUUACAAGCUUCCAUUUCCAUUCCCUCUUCUUUUUGUGCUGUUUCUUCUGUUUCCUUCCUUGCCCUUUUCAGCCCAUUGGUUUCCCAGUUUGGCAGGGGAGAAUCAGGAAUGGUGGGAGGGAUUUGAAGGGGAAUGGGAAUCCAAAGUUUCGAUCUUUCCUUAGUUUUAGUAACUGGGAUCCUUUGUUAAUACUCUGUUCUUCUUCUCUUAUUAUUUUUUGCUGAUUGAACUAUUCUGUUUGUGUUUGGUUACUGAGAAAACGGAAAUCUUUGUCAUCGUGAGGGAAAAUUUCAGGUUCGCGGCUGCUGUUGGCUUUUAUUUCUUUCUAAAGUAUCUUCCUUUUUUUCCUGAUUUCUCAGGGGAGUGAUUGAUCAAUGAAGCAGAGGAAAAACAGAGGAAAACAGAGUAGACAGUGAAGGAGGAAAGGAGAAUAGAGGGUCUAGUAAGAUGUUGUCGUGCAUAGCCUGCACGAAGCCGUCGGCGGAUGACGAAGGGGAGGAGGUCGGCGGCCGCGGCGGAGUAGCGUCGGCGCGUGACGGUAGUGAUACUCCAAAUACUAAAGAAGCCGUCAAAAGCCUGACCAAUCAGAUCAAGGACAUGGCAUCCAAGUUAUCAGGAACAUACAAGCAAUGCAAGCCCUGCACAGGAGGAUCAUCCAGCAGCAACUACAAGAAAGGACACCACCGCCCUUACCCCGACUUCGAUGCAGCCUCGGAAGGAGGAGUUCCAUACCCUUACUUCGGCGGCGCGGCAAGCGCGAGCUCCACGCCGGCGUGGGACUUCCCAACAUCUGGCCGCGGCGGCGGAGGCAGAACCGACACCAGAUUCGCUUCAGGAAGGGAUUCAUGUGACGUGGUGAUCGAUGAUGAGCCCAAGGAAUGGAUGGCUCAGGUUGAGCCCGGCGUCCACAUUACCUUCGCUUCGCUCCCCAAUGGCGGCAACGAUCUCAAACGGAUUCGGUUCAACCGGGAGAUGUUCAACAAGUGGCAAGCGCAGAGUUGGUGGGGUGAGAACUACGACAGGAUCAUGGAGCUUUACAAUGUCCAGAGAUUCAACAACCGCCAGUCUCUCAACACUCCUCCCAGGUCUCAAGAUGAGCAUAGAGAUUCAACUUACUCGAGAUUAGGCUCUGCGAGGGAGAGCCCCAUGGCGCCAUCAUUCACACCAAGGAAUUACUACAGGCCAUCUCCUGGGAUGGUGGAACAGGGCCAACACCAUUACCCUUCCGGUUCGACCGGGUACGGUUUGGGAGGCGGGCCUUCCUCGAUGGAAGCCUCGAGAACAACGACCUCGUCGCGAGACGAGCCGUCGAUCUCGGUGAGCAAUGCCAGCGAUUUGGAGGCGGAGUGGAUCGAACAAGACGAGCCUGGAGUGUACAUUACCAUCAGACAGCUCGCGGAUGGUACCAGGGAGCUCCGGCGGGUUCGGUUCAGUCGAGAAAGAUUUGGGGAAGUGCAUGCCAAGUCAUGGUGGGAGGAGAACAGGGAUAGAAUACAAUCUCAAUACCUAUAGACAGAGAGAGAGGUUUGGAACAGAGUAAAUUAAGGUGAAAUUGUUUUAACACCAUCUCAAAGGAAGUGGAGGUUUGCAGAUUGGUUAUCCUCCGGCUCCAGGGAAAGAGAUAUGAGAGUUCUUCCAAGUUGUGUUCACAAUUCACUGAACAUAUGCUUGAGAAAGAAAUACUGCAAGAACAUUGGGUGUAAGAGUAAAAGUGCAGAGUUACCACUGGGAUGUCCAAUUUUUUUGCCUGGAGUAUUGAGUCUGUCACCAUUGUAAUUCUUUCUUCUUAUCUUGGUUUACUGCGAUCUUUAGGGCAUGGCUCUUGGUUUACAGAUCAGGGGAUAAGUUGUUCUUUCUUAAAUUGAAACUUAUAUAGCACAAAUGGAAAUGGAAUGGGGGAUCGCGAUUUUUAUUUCGGGAGGUUGAUACAGUGCACUAUUACUUAUUAUUAUUUUGAUAAAAAGUUCUCGUACUAAUUGAUGAAUUGAAAAAUCUAAAUCACCAUUUUUAUAAAUUUAUUGAACUGUG